AUGAAGGCAUUUGACGAGUCGAAGAUCACUUGUGAAGAGAUCCAGAAUCUGUUUAGUAAUAUAGAAGACAUCUAUUUAUUUAAUUCGGAUUUUUUAAGUCAAUUAGAAGAGUGUGGUCUGAAUGCUGUGUCCAUCGCCAAGAGUUUUAUCACCAAAAGCUCGGGAUUUGAUAUAUACACCCAUUAUUGUACAAACUAUCCCCGAACGGUGUCCUUAUUAACAGAAAUGAUGCGAAACACAGAUAGGGCUGAGAUAUUUAGGGAAAGGCAGCUCUCCUUACGCCAUAGUCUUCCUUUGGGUUCAUACCUACUAAAGCCCGUCCAAAGAAUAUUAAAAUAUCAUCUACUGCUACAGAAUAUCGUCAAAUACACGGACAAAGAGACCAACGAUUACAUUGACAUAAAGAACGCGUUAUCUGUGAUGACAAACAUUGCGAUCCAUAUAAACGAUAUGAAGCGGAAACACGAACACGCAGUCAGGGUUCAGGAGAUCCAGAGUUUGCUCUAUAAUUGGCCGGGCCAGGAUCUGACCACAUAUGGUGACCUCCAAUGCGAGGGCUCCUUCCGAAUGUUCGGUGCGAAAGGUUUUCGACAUUUAUUUCUUUUCGACCGAAUGUUGUUAAUCACCAAAAAGAAAGACGACGGCGCUCUCAGCUUUAAGACACAUAUUCUCUGUUCAAACUUAAUGCUAAUAGAGAGCAUUCAGGGCCAACCACUUUGCUUUCACGCCAUUCCCUUCGAUCAGCCCAGAGCUCAGUACACAUUUCAGGCCCGAAAUUUGGAGCACAAGAGGGAAUGGUGUCUACUAUUAAAGAGAGUGAUUCUCGAGAACUAUGACGUUGUCAUCCCCUCUCACGCCAAGCAAAUAGUUAUGCAAUUGGGACAGACGGCCAACUCAGCGAACGGGCCGCCAGAGAAGGCCCACACGAACAGUAAGCGCACACUGAGUGCUCCGGAAUACCUCGAGCGCAGGAAACAGGAAAACCGACGCAAAUCCGAGGCCACUGUCAACCAUAAUCUCAGCAAAGGAUUCAAACUACGAAAGUCACUCAAAAAGAUUCAUUAUAUGGACGGACAUAACGGUUGGCGUCGAUCCCGGAGCUCCAGCUAUGACGAUAACGCGCGCAUUCACUCCCAUUGCAAAGACAACGAUCAAAGCGAACGGCGCUCCAGUCUGGGACCCAUUGAUUUGAACGCCUCUCAUAUUGAUAUCUCAGAUGAGAAGCUGGAAAGUAGUCCUACGAUUACAAUGACAGGUAUAACAGGUGUUGGCACAGGAGCUGACAAUCAGCCAAAACUUGUUGAACGCUAUGAAGGCUCAGCACAGGAUCUGACGGAAGAGAAAGCAGACAAUGAAUCUCUCACUCAAACCAAUGUCAUGCAUAACAUACUAGAACUGAGACCACCUCCGCGUACAGUGACGAUAGGGCACCGGGAGAUGAAUGAUAUGCCAAACGAGAACGAAGCCGAAUACGUGACGUUCUAUAUCUCACCCAAUAAUCAUCGAUUGGAUUCGAGUGAAGACUCCAGUGUUCAGAUGUCCAACAGUUCCAGCACUCUGUACAACAGGACGAGUACUCCAUUGUCUUCGGGUUCGAGUGACCUGUCGAUGGCCUCGUCCUCGCAAUCGGAGGACUCGAAAUACGUUGUGCUGCCGGUGAACGCACUCUUCAGUUACUCCAACCAACUGUCAGAUCUCUCCAAUCCUAUUGUCCGUCGCGUCCAGUCUUUUACGGGUAUGUCUCGCACUAAAGCCAUACUACAACACACCCUCUCAUUGCGACACUCGUUGGCACCCGAUUUGCCGCCAACGCCUCCCAACAAACGAUUAGUUCAGAGACCAAACACUUUAAAUUUGUCCCACUCUUCCAACUCGUGCUCAUCCACACAAUUGCCUCCAACAAUCAAUGGCGAGUACAUCGACACAUACAUCGGCACCGAUCACCGGAACCAGUGUUUCAAAUCUAGUGACGACAUUAAGUGUUCAAACAAUUCGUCUUCAAUAAGUUUGGAGAAUAUGUCCGAUCAGUCAGUCCUACACCCGGAGCACAAGAUCUACAAACACAGCGCUUCUAAAUAUAUAAAAUCAGUCAUAUUUAACGUAAGCUCUAAAUUAAUAUCACUUCGACGCUCGCCAACGGUUUCCGAUCAGUUGUGCGCCGAUAACGCUUCGGUCGCCUCUGGAGAAAGCGGUGAUAGAUGUGAGUCACCGGUAGUCCCACCGAAUCGGUGUCCAAACAACAACAACAAAGAGCCGAAUGAGUCGUCGAAACAGGAAAUAAGCCCUAAAUUAAUAACGGCUCGAUUUGUGCACACUUUGGCCAAAGUUUACUCCAAUAUAAUCAAAAACAAACUGAAGAACUCAUCGAAAAUUGAGAGCGAAAUGACUGCGAGCAGAGCGCUGUCAGAAAUCCCUAGUCCUGUGUUCGCUCGCAUAUCAGUGCCCAAAACGAGUGCUGCGGCCGCCGCCCGGUUGGCCGCCUAUAAAGACUUUGAUUGCGACGGAGUUGCGCCCAAACAUAGAUGUGGUCUUCAAAAGCACUACUCCUUUAAAAGGCCCGACAGUUUAAUCUCCGAUAUAUCCAAUUCAAGUGAAAACAAUGAUAAAACCGAUUCAAACGGAAAUAACGACACUAUCGAUGACUCGCCCUCUGAUGUGAGCGAUUCAUCACUCGAUAGCUUUUAUGAACAAACGUUUGAAGCGAUUGAAAGUGUUUUGACUGAAGAGAUGUUCGGCGAAUCGGGCUUUUAUAGCCAAACCAGAGAUGAUAACGACUCUGACCUCUCUGUCAAUCCUAUCGAGCAGUUUAUGGACGACAAUGAGGACACGGGAUGUUAUAAUCACUUGAAUUGCAUAUCGAAUUUGAAUGCCGAAGAAAAGCAAAGUAUUUACAAAUCAAUAGAGGAGUUGUCGAGCGUUGGCCUCAACUUAAACAUAUUGAGUGCAAAGAGAGUGAAGGGCGCUAUCAUUGAAAAACUCAAAAUUCUUGAACAGAACUCUCACUUUCAUAAAGACAUUAAUGUCUGUGACUUCGAUGGCAUCAAAAGUAUUAAGGAAAGAGUCGAAGAGUUGGAGAAGUGGCGCAGCAAUAAAGAGAAUAUCGAUGAAAACGAUGAGUCUUCUGAUGAGGAAUUGCCAAAAGGUUCGCCAAAACCCAACUCCAAGGGUUGGGUUAAACACGUGAUCGGAAAGUUGCAAAACGAUGAAAAUCAGUCGUGA